CGCUUUUUUUUUCUUUCCCUUAAUUUAUUAAACUGUUCUCUUUCUUCCCUUUUAUAUUUCUCUCUUUUGCGCAUAAACACUUUAGAAAAAAAAGGAAUCCAUUUAUUGCAACAGUAUAAAGUGUCUUCAGUAUGCACAAGCCAACAAAAAGUUUGAACACAGGUCAAGACGACGAGAUAGCAAGUAUUGAUGCGCAACUCGAUUAUGUAAAUAAAGUUUUAAAAUGGAGUAUAUUGGACCUAGAAAAAUUCAUUCAUACAUUAAAAACAAGAAUUACAGCAGAAGAAACCUAUGUCUCUGCUCUAGUUAAAAUGACAAAGAGCAGUAGCGCUAAUAAUAGCAGUGCUAGUAACGUGGAAAACGCAGGAAAUUCGACUAGUACGAUCGAAAUCCACAAUUAUUUUAGCGAUCAUUCUGCUACUUUUCAACAAACAGCCAUGCAGUAUGAAAUUUCAAUGGAAAAAACAAUUGAAGCACGACGUGAAUUCAUUGCGAACUUAAAGAAUCAAGUGGAGCUGUUGGUCAAAGUAAAAGACUCUCAUGAGCAACGAAGAAAGAAAGUCAAGGCAGUAUUUAGUGAAAAAAACACAAAUUACAUCAACUUUCGUACGCGCGAGAUAGUCAAACUUCACAAGACCUACUUUAACAGGUGCUUAGAAUACGCUAGUCUUCAGCAACAAAUAUUGAUUUCGUCUCACGACGACACAGCAUCUAUUUCGAGUACUAAUACAUUGAUGAGUGAUACUCAUCAAAGCUCACAGAUGAUGAGAACAUCUUCGGAUGAACCUAGAGCAUCCAAUGAUAGUGCACGAGAUGAUAGUCAUUCCAUCGGUUCUUCUUCUUUACAUGAAACCUCUUCACCACCUCAUAAUAACAAAAAGAAUAGUAUGGCUGGCUUCAUUACUCAAAUGCGAUCUCAGCUUGCAAAUGCGGCAGCAGCAGCAGAUCCAUCCAAACAAACAGCUCGAAUUGCUAAAUUGAAAAAAGACAUUACAGAUGCUGAUCAAGAAUAUAGACAAGGUAUUCGAGUCUUGGAGUUUUUGCGAAAAAAGCAGAUUGAAACAGCCGUGCAUGCCAUGAGACAUGUAGAAGCCAUUUUGGUAGGGAAGUCGGAUGUAGUAAAGGCUGCUAUGGUGACUAUCUGCAAGCAACAAGAAGACACAUUAUCUAGUGAACUUGAAACUUUAAAUCAAUUGUUUGGUGUAGUAACCAAGAUUGACGGUAAAAAGGAUACAGAACGCUUCUUUGCAGAAUACGACAAACUAUCAUUUGUAAAACCAAAGCCUAUUUAUUACGAUAAUUACUAUUAUGGUCGCUGUAAAGAGAUCCUGUUUGGAUCCAAUCUAAACGAAUAUGCUAUUGAGCACAACCGCACUGUACCUCUACUUGUCGCUAAGUGUAUCCAGUCUGUUGAAAAGCUAGGUGGUUUAGAAAAAGAAGGCAUCUACAGAAUAUCUGGGAGACAGAGUAAUGUUGAUCAACUAAAAAGUGAAUUUGAAAAAGAUGAGGAAACAGUCGAAUUAGCAGAAUCUAAAUUUGAUGUAUUUACAAUUGCUGCUGUUCUAAAAAUCUAUCUACGUGAAUUGAAGCAACCUUUAUUUAAUCUAAGCAUGCAAGACCGCAUUGAAUACUCAAAAAUUAAAGAAGAUAAACAACGUAGAUCUAUCCUUCAAACCAAGCUGACAGAAUUGUCUCAGCCUCAGAGAGACACGCUUCAUGCAGUAAUAAGCCAUUUGGCAAAAGUCCAAAACAGCUCUCACCUAAAUAAAAUGAACUUGAAGAAUUUAUCUGUGAUAUUCACACCAGCAAUAUUCCAUGAUCACAACCAAGCAGAAAACGCGGGAGAAUGGUACUCUGAUAAAGUGCUAGAAGAUCUUAUUCUUCAGCAUGAAACGCUCUUUGUAGAUGCAGAAAAUCAAAUCAAGACAUUACAACAACAGCAGCAGCAACAACAACAGCCACGAUCAACCAGUGACUCAUCUGCUUCUAGUGUGAUAAGUUUUACAAUGAGUGGUAUUGGUAGAAAACCAUCUAUUUCUAGACAUCCCACUGUAUUAAAGACACCAACAAGCAUACCGAAUAUUCAUACGAACAAUACUGUUACAAAUAGCAAUAGCUAAUAAAAAAAAUUUCCACAUUCAUGGAAACAAUAAUUAACGUUA